AUGGGAAAUGUGCCCAAACCCAAGCCUCGUCGGCGACCUACCCCUCUGGACCUGAAACCUGAUCCGAUCCGUUCUGCCUCCCUUGAGCCACCCACGACAGCUGUAUCGACAUACAGCGAAGGAGCCGAAUCGAAUCUCUCCAACGACCUCCAAGACCUCUCUCUCCUCCGAAAUACGAUCCAACAAAACCUCCUCGCUAGACCAUUUGACUCUCCACUCGGCUCUGACUCGGGUGCAGAGUCCAGCGGUCGGAAUACACCUGAUAUACCUAGUCUCCCCGAAUCGAACAGGAUCUCUACGGCAGACCUCUUGAUCGCGAUAGACACCUCUCCGCAGCUCCUCGUCAUUGAUACGAGACCGCUGGGAACGUUCCUCGAGUCUCACCUCCGAUCAAGUUGUAACAUGUCGAUCCCUUCCCUCUUGUUCAAACGAUUCAGACGACAAUCCGCCCAGAAAACCUCUUGGCAAUCUCUAGGAUCGUUCGUCUCGACUCCGUCUGGCAAACAACGAUGGGAUCGAGUGGACCUGGACGCCCACCUGGACAUGGUUGUCAUCGGUCAGUCGGACCCAGAGGAGAUGGCCUCUGUGUUGUGCAAGAUCCUGGAGGUGCUCGUCCCACGAGGUCGCGUCCGAGUCCUCAAAGGAGGCUGGGAAGCUAUCUUAUCGUCAUCGGAAGCGAGCGAACGACUCGUCUCGGGAGAGAAUGACAAACGAGCCAGCAUAUCCUCACCACCUCAGACCGCUCCCGUAUCCCACACUCCUGUUCCCCCGCCAGUCUCACCUUCAUCACAACCCUUCCCUCCCACCCUCAAACAUCAUCCGUCUCUGCCCUCUUUGAACAAUACUCGAGCUCGACGAAAUCUUCCUUCGUUAAGUAUAAAACCUGGGACGUCGCGUCGGCCUCCUAAACUCUCCUUGAACCUAGAUCCCCCACCCCUUCGGUCAGCCACUGUUGGGUCGUUCGACGCUACCACCCCACCACAGGAUCGCAAUGCUUUGUCGUCAAUAUCCACCUCAGCUCCAGGCUGGACCUCGGCGACCGAUCCGAGAUCCCCCGUGCCCCCAAUCACAAAUUCACUGCAAACCCUUUGCCACGCUCAAUCAAAGCUUCCUCCCUCUCCAAGCUCUUUUCGCGAUGUCGAAGCGUCAUUUUCGUCCAGUCGAUCCGAGACUGCCCGACCCAACGGGGGCUUCUAUCCUGCACCUCCGCAGACAGCAUUCGCGGGUCCCUCUUCACCCUUCACGGCAACGACUACUGCCCGUGCUCUGUCGCCCUUUGACGUCUCGACUAUUCUACCUGGUUUCCUCUUCCUUGGCCCCGAGCUUACCACCGAGUCCAAUGUCAAAGAACUCACCAAGGUCGGAGUCAAGCGGAUCCUUAACGUGGCUCUCGAAUGCGACGACGAUGAGGGUUUGGGCUUGCGUCAGACAUUUGAGCGGUAUCACCGCAUACCCAUGAAAGACAUUGUCGAGGAGUCUGGCGUGGCGCGAGGUCUUCGAGAAGCGUGUGACUUUCUGGACGACGCCCGACUCCAUUCCGCUCCGACCUACGUUCACUGCAAAGCCGGAAAGUCUCGGUCCGUAACGGUGGUUCUCGCAUAUCUCAUCCACGCCAACGCUUGGACACUCAAAACAUCCUAUGCUUACGUUGCUGAACGCCGGAAAGGCAUCUCGCCGAACAUCGGUUUCGUGGCCGAGCUCAUGCAAUUUGAAGAAUCUGAGCUUGGUCUCAAGCAGUCUGGUGGCGUCCAUGGUGAGGUCUCAAGCGGGAAGUCUGCGAGGGGAACUCGGGCUGAGGAGGACCAAACUGAGUCGGAUCAACCUUCUGCAAAGUAUUCGGCGAGAUAUGGCAGAGAAAGUUUGCCGCCGGCUUGGGCUCAAAGUCUCGACACAUAUCCACGGAAAGUCUCCAUGUAUGAAGAUGACGACACGGACAACAGUGAUGCCCAUCUUCCAGCCGCUGACGAGAGAGAAGUGAGAAAAAACGGCCAAUGGGUUCAUCAUCGAAGGGCGCCGGCGGAUCGAACGACUUUACAGCCAGGUCGGCGGGUCUCCAAGGCAGGUUUGGAAUCGCUAAGAAGCCUUCGACCUGUUCAUGACAAGACAUCGCCUUCAUCGGACCCUCGACCCAGUCCUCAACCUGGUGAAGAACAGAAGGCAGCCCUGACGCCAGGCACAGAUGGUCGCUUAGGAUGGGUCUGA